AUGCAUAUGCGCAGAUGCGAUUGUGCAAGGCAAACUGCUGGUAUGUAUAAUGAUGCGGUGCAGGUCUCUGCAAGUAAAAGCCAGUGCUCAGGAAAAGUAGCGCUAAAGCAAUUACAGUCGAGUGCGUUAGACAACGCGCUUGUUCUUUCCCCCAGCAGUUCUAUCAGCCUACGCUCUAGGGUGCAGCGCGCCGCGUCUACUUUACCUCCUUUACACAGUGAUUCGGCCAGCAACAGUGGAAUAUUUUUGACGGGGCAGCAUGAAUCAGUACGCGGGCAGCGGGCAAAUCCAUCUAAUAGCAUACUUGAGGAUGGAAUACGAAGCAUUAAAGUGCCUACAUCAGGCCAUGAGCCUCCGCAAGACAAGCACCUACUACCAUCACAAUUAACGGCAUGUACUCAGCGUUCGAUUGACCAAAACAGCGGUUCUUGUAUCCCCAAUCAGCGGGACCAAAGAACCAGCUGUGCAGCUGGGCGAAUACCAAUGGCUUCCAGCCAUACUAGUGGACAGUACAACAAACUAGAUGGGAGCCCAGUCAGGGGUAGAUGCGCGCCUUCUCUAGCUAGCGAAAGCUUUCAGACGGCAUCAGAAAAGCUAUCCCAAAGCGUGUAUGAAUCUGUAAAUGGAGUUCCUGACUCUCAGCCGGGCACAUAUGACCUUAGCGAAACACAGAUGCAGUCCUACCGAACCGCAACCACGGAGGGUUCAUUUACUUCAGUAAUAUCCACUGACAGCAUCAUUGCAGCAAGAUCGCCAGCUUUUCGCCUAACGACCGAGUACUCGGCGCACGUCAGCUCAUCCAGGAGGAGGAAUAGCACAGGGAGUCUCAAAGCAGUCGGAGGAAGAGCAAUCGAUCAUCCAGGAUUUUUGCAACCUACAGGCCUCCAACCGGAAAAGUGGCGCGCCAGCACGGGUUCACACCUGACAUGGCGUUCAAGGUUGUCACACAUACAAACUGACGCAGCUGGUCGGCGACUUACUGCGCAGAAAAAUAUUUGGUCAGCCGUGGGUAGCUUUGAACCCCUGCGUUCAUCAAUCUUCCAUAGGAUUUUCCCAAGACUGCCUGAUGAGCUUGAAAAGGUUUGCAUGCAGUGCAUCGGCACCCCAGAUUCAUCAGAGCUAAGAGCGCUGACAGAUAUUCAGAAAGCGGCAAUGGCAUUAGUUGCUAAACAAUCUGUGAGAAGGAGUGCAGCGGCGAAGGACCGCCUCGUCAAGCAGUUUAAACUCAUGGGACAGCCAGACGGCAUUCUUGACUGCUUGGAGCAAUUUCUUCUCACCUGCGUACCUAUCCUCAUAUACUUUGACAUUUCAAGCCUUACACCUCACCUAGAACAUGGCGGAUAUUACAGGUCACACUUUGAAAUUCCUCAGACUGAUGCAACCUACCUGCGAAAGUGUAACGAGAGAGAGCAAGCGCUUUAUUCCGGUUUAUAUGAGCAUGAGUCUGUUCGACCCGAGCAUCACCCAAAAUACGGGGUUAGAACAACGAUCUCAGCCUGCCACAAUGACGGAUCCUCCACCUCAAAGUUUGGCCGUGAGCCCCUGAUCGCCACCCUCAACAACCCGUGGCAUGUCCUAGAAGCCAUUGGGUGCGAUGAACUGGCGCGAUUAGCGGCCCUUGCCCGAAAUCCCUCUUCAGAUAUAGCCACUGAAACAUCCAGACUGAUUGACUGCAACGUGCAUGGCGAAAUCAAACUUGGCAAGGACGUGGACGCAAUCGUCGUGCCCAAGAGCGCAACUCAUGACAAGCCGAUGCUCUCGAAACUGCGGAGCAUCGCCACGCGGCACACUGUUCCGUUAUUAUCCAUGGAAAAAUGCACCAGAGCCGUGAAAAAUGACAACUGGAGGCUUAUUCUCCGGCACCUCCAACAUGAGACUCUGGUCAAAAAGACUUCCCUAGGGAAUACCUACGGCCAAAUCUGA